AUGCUGAGAAAUCUUCUGCGACAUAGUCGACACUACUCAACAUCGGUAUCUUCGUUCCGUGCUGUACCCAUUCUUCCAGACGCCUCAUUGAAGACAUUCCGGGACCAGGCCUUCGUUCCCGCCGUACCACAUCUUCUGCCUCAAGGGUCGUUCACGUCGAUCCCCGCUAUCCAGAAAUGGUUUCAUAAAUCUUCAGAGCAUACUGCGCGGUGUCAUCUGAACACUGCUUAUCUGAAGAGAUGGGGUUCAGCUGUUGUUCCACUAGAGAUCACAAACGAAGACGGCAAGUUCGCGCAAAUUCACCAAUCCCUUCAAUUCUUCCUCGAGAGUAGUGCUUCUGAGCUAGAAACAAAAGCUAGUAUCUACCUGGCGCAGGCUUCUCUCUCCGAUUUACCAUUUUCUCUGCUGGAGGAUCUACCCACGCCAGAGCUCGUAUCAAAAGCUGGCAAAGGCGACAUUUACGACACGAGUAUCUGGUUGGGCCGCGCGCCGACUUACACACCUCUGCACCGCGAUCCUAAUCCUAAUCUGUUCGUUCAACUGGCUGGUAGAAAGCAAGUCCGUCUCUUCAAACCUGACUUGGGCAAUGCCAUUUUCCAUCACGUUCAGAACAGCAUAGGAGGAGCUGCAAACGCGACCAUCAGGGGCGCAGAGAUGAUGGAAGGUGCUGAGCGAGCAGCACUCGAACAAGCUGUUUGGGAGCCACCGUCUGGCUCUUUCUGGACAGAUGAAGGACUGCAAUGUGAGGUUGGUCCAGGGGAUGGUUUGUUCAUUCCGAAGGGAUGGUGGCACAGUAUCAAGGGUGUAGGUCAGGGUAUGAUUGGAUCCGUGAACUGGUGGUUUAGGUGA